CAUGGGGCUCAAACUUGGGAACCAUGAGAUCAUGACCUGAGCCAAAAUCAAGAGUUGGAUGCUUAACUGACUGAGCCACCCAGGCGCCCCUGAAGUGUAAGUUUUAUAUGUUUUCUCUAAGUAUUGAAGUGGAUUCCAUCUUUGUCAUUUCAGAAUGUAGGCAGAACCUGAUGAUAUGGAAAUGAAGACUCAGAGUUUGUUGUAAUGAUACUCCCAAGUAUUUUCAUCCAAAAGAACAUAAAUGUCCAGCAACAAAGGUCAGACUGUUUCUAUUAUUUGGAAAGGCCCUUAACACUUGAGGAUCUGUUACUAAGGAUGUUUUCUAAAAAGAUAAAUAUUGAUGCUAUGGCCCUUGAAAAUGACAUUAAAGGAGAGUGUUAGGCACAUUCUCAAAGGACCAUUCUGUUCAGAAGACAAACUGGAUAGAGUGUGGAACCCCUGAAAAAGAGGACACAAAACAGUACCUGAACAGCCAACCCCGGGACCUGUCAUUCCCUCUGUGAUACCACAUCCCUAUGUGGUAUGAAGACCUCACCACUCACUCAACAGUGACAAAACUGAGGGGAAUAAUGGCAGGUAACAGAAAUAUGGAAUAUGCAGACUCAUUUUUAUUCAAAUUUAAAGGAUAUCAUUUUGGUCGUGAAGAACUUGAUAUUGGCUUUAUAGAAAAUUUAGAUGAUUUUGUAAUCAGAGAAAGUGAUGUCUUCAUUAUUACAUACCCCAAAUCUGGAACCAGCUGGUUUCAGCAGUUACUAAGCUUGAUUUAUUUUGAAGAACAUCGCAAAGGCAUUGGGAAUCUGGAAACAGUUGAUCAAGUCCCCUUCUUCGAGUACAACUUUCGAAAAAUGGAUUUUGUUGAAAGACCAUCUCCUCGUCUCUUUGCUACCCACCUCCCAUACUACUUGGUUCCAAGGGGGCUGAAGAACAAAAAAGCAAAGAUUAUUUACAUAUACAGAAACCCUAAGGACGUUAUGUGCUCAUAUUUCCACUUUUCAAAGAAUGUGACAUUGCAAGUUACAAGUUCCUUUGAGGAAUUUAUGGAACAAUUUCUAGAAGGAAAAGUGUUGGGAAGCCUUUGGUUUGACCACAUCCAAGGUUGGUAUGAGCACAAAAGCCUCUUCAACAUUCAGUUCUUGAUGUAUGAGGAGAUGAAGAAGGAUCUCAAAGGUUCUCUGUCAAAAGUCUGCAAGUUUUUGGGGAAAGAGCUGAGUGAGGAGGAAAUGGAUUCCAUUGUGAGACAGGCCACAUUUCAGAACAUGAAAUAUGACCCACGGGCAAAUUACAAGAAUAUAAUAAAGACCCGAUAUGGGUUAGAAGCUAAAGGUCAUUUCCUUCGCAAAGGUACCAUUGGAGACUGGAAAAAUCACAUGACUGUUGAGCAGAAUGAAAGGUUUGACAAGAUUUUCCAAAGGAAAAUGAAAGAUUUUCCCUUGAAGUUCAUCUGGGAUAUGAAUGAAGAAUAGAAUUUUAAGCAAUGCAAACUAUUUUAAGAAAGCACUUUCAGAAAUAAAUAUAUUGAAGUGUAUAAUUUCAUCUUUGACUAUCAUUGGCUCAUUAUUGACAAACCUCAGUGAUUAAUAAAUAUAUAUAUGUGCCUUUAUAUCAUUUUCCAUCUGUGCCCUGUUUUCCAUUUGCUGGAAUUCCUCAGUUACUGAUCAGGAGAAUAUUUCUUUCUUUGAUUUGGCAUAUGAUUAUGAAAUGGUUUUUGUUUUAUAUUCAGAAAUUCCAAAGCUCUUGAGCAAAAAUCGGGUCAUAACAGGUGGUUGAUUUGACAUCUUAAAAUAGAUGAUUCCUAAUGUAUGAAAAACUACUUACGGGCUUUCUUGAUAUUUAAGAUUUUAAUUUUUAGGUAAUCAAAUAAGUCAACCUUUAAUUUUAUGGUUUCUAGGUUUUGUGUCUAACUUAGAAUAUUGCUACGACAAGUAUUUUCAUGUAUUCAUAAAGUUUAUCCUUAUUUAAUCUGAAUACUUAAUAUAUGCUGUAAGACCAGUAUCCUGUACUUUUCUAACAGAUAGCCAAUUGGCCCAAGGUCAUCUAUGUAAUAGACACCAUUUUCCUAGUGAUUGAAAGAGACAUAAUCUUGUUUUAUACAAGUGUAUGUACAUGAGUUGACUUAUGCAAAAUGACAUAUUUUCUGAUGAUAUACUUUUCUUUUUCAUUACCAUGUCAUAAUUUCUAACAUAAGUUAAUAAACUGUCAUAAAGAGUUGUGUUGGAAUUUU